CAGCUGUUUUCGUUUCUGUCCUUAAUAUCCUCUUUGCCGACUUCCGAGCAAAUUUUUCCCUCGGCAUCUGACCCUUGUUCUUUAGAUGCGAACCCCGCUCUCGUCGUCCUUCUUCCAGGCGGCGGCGAGCAGAGGACCAGCCCCGACCUCCAUCGCCGUCGAUAAGAUCUCUUGGUUUCGGUAUUGGCAAUGUCGUCGAUAAUCCUAAAUCCCUUCCAAUUGUUAGAGCUGAACAUCAUCUCCGCGCAGGACCUCGCGAUGGUCGCGCGCACCAUGCGCACGUACGCGGUCGUGUGGGUCCACCCUGACCGGAAGCUAUCGACCCGGGUUGAUUCCCACGGCCGGAACAGCCCCACGUGGAACGACAAGUUUGUGUUCCGCGUUGAUGAGGAGUUCCUCCAGUCCGACACGUCCGGGGUCAUGAUCGAGAUCUACGCCGUGCAUUGGUUCAGGGACGUGCUCGUGGGCACGGUGCGGGUCCUCGUGGGCAACCUCGUGACCCCGCCCUCACGCCCGUUCCGCCACCAACACCACAUAGGGAUGCGCUUCGUGGCGCUCCAGGUACGCCGUCCCUCGGGGCGGCCUCAGGGCAUAUUGAACAUCGGCGUCGCGGUGCUUGACAGCUCGAUGCGGAGCAUGCCGCUGUAUAAGCAGCUCGAGGCCUCCGCCGUUGGUUACCUCGACCUAAUGGGCGAGCAAGAUCCGUAUCAUCACCAUAACAACAACAAUCUUUUGCCUUCUAAUCAUCAUCAACAACAGCAGCAGCAGCAGCAGCAACAAGAAGUACCUAAACCCAAUGCCAAGCCGGAACUUAGGCGAACCAAGAGCGACACAAGUUCGAUGAUGGGCGCAGGACAAGUUAAGACAUUGAAAAGAAAGGUGUCGUUCCGCAAUAGGCCCCACUCCGUCAUCAAUGGCUCGGAGGACGGGUCGCCGACCCAAGAGAGGAGGAAGAAGAAGAAGGAAUCGAACUCCAGAUCUAGUUCCAUGGUCAAUGGAUCGCCAGCUGGGGGCCUUGGCAAGCAUAAGACCGGGUCUGAUAUGGGGCUUGAUCCAAAGCCCGACGCGAACAUGGCGAUGAUUCCUUUCCAGCAGAACAUGAGCACCCAAAAGCCCUUUGCCAAGAACACGGCGUUGGAUUUUGACUCUCCCCCAAGCAAGCCGGCUAAGCUAAUCAUCACGGAAUCCGAGUUGGGCCCGUCGCCCUCCGAGGUCGCGGCAGCAGUGGCGGCGAAGGAGAGGUACAAGAUAAAGGACGUCGAGAGCUCAGCUGUGGACAAGUGGAGCCUGAGUGAGAGCGUGGAAGGGUUGCAGUCCAAGCUCGAGAGGUGGCGCAUGGAGCUCCCGACGGUGUGGGACCACGGCGAGCUCCCGAGCUUACAUUCGAGCGGCAACAACAUCAAGACUAAGUCGAGCAGCCAGCGACACACUCGACGGCACACCGAUGGGGGUGGAGGCGUAGGCUUGUUAUCCUGUGUGAGUAACAUUUGUGGAUUGGAAUGCUCCAUAGUUUGUGGAAGUGAUGCACCUCCCUAGGUAAAAUUAUGGUGACACACACACAAGAUGGCUCAUAGAGAAAACAUGUUUCGAGAAUAUUAUUCCUUCUAUUUGAAUUAACCUGAUGGAGUAGAUGGUACACAUUUUUACUUGGGUUGGAUUUAUGUGAAUGGAUGUGGCCGCCUAGUGAGAAAAGAGGAAUAAUGACCUGAAUCAAUAUAUGAUCAUGCAUCACUAGGGGAUGGAUAUAGAUUGGUGGGAAUAUAUGAUUUUGAGUUAGUCCCUUGUUCCAUCUUAAUUUCAA